AUGGUGAAGAGGCUCAGGCGCAAGGGCGACGCCUCCUCCGAGCCGCCGCCCAAGGCCGCCGCCCCUGGGUCGACCAAGCCCGACAAGUUUAAGAAGAGGGGGGUCAAAACCGCGGGCAUCUCUGAGGCGUCUGCUUCGGCGCAGACACCCGCCCCAAAACCAGUCAAGACUAGUCCGGCGGCCGCCGCCACCGCAGAGACUGCAGAUGACCGGGUCGCGCAGAGCAAAACGGAGAAUAGGAAGUUGAGUAGGAAGGAGACGAUGAAGGGGAGAGAGGAGAAGAAGGUAGAGGGGGCCAGUGGCGGGGUCGCCCAGAGCAAGACGGAGGGGGAGGCAGAAGAGAGGACGACGAGUAGGAAGGAGAUAAUGAAGGGGAGGGAAGAGGAGCGUGUGAAGAGGGAAGAGAAGAGAAGGAAGACGACGGGGAAGGAAAAGGAGGAGGAAGAAAGUGGCUCGGGAUUCAUAUUCAUGUGCAGUGCGAGGACGAAGCCAGAGUGCUACCAGAACGGCGUGUUUGGCCUGCCCAGGGGGAAGAUGGAUGUGGUGGAGAAGAUCCGGCCAGGGGCGAAGCUGUUCUUGUAUGAUUUUGACCUCAAGCUAAUGUAUGGGGUGUACAAGGCAGAUACAAGGGGAGGAUUGGAUCUUGUGCGACAUGCCUUUGAUGGGAAAUUCCCUGCACAGGUUAAAUUUAGCGUUGACAUGGAUUGUCUUCCUAUUCCUGAGAGCAGUUUCAAGAAUGCCAUUAAGGAGAACUACACCUCAAAAGGCAGGUUCAGCCAAGAGCUUAACUAUAAACAAGUUCAAAGACUAUUGGCAAUGUUCAAGCCUAUUGGCCUUUCUCAGCCAGCUCCACAACAUAUCGAGGAAGUGCGACGAUCACGUAUCGUUGAAGAUAUUCGAAAACCGAGUGAUUAUGAAGAAAGAAGACGAUUGCAACAUAUUGACGAAAGGGGUGCACCUAUUAAUGUCCAUGCACAUCCUCUUGAAGAUCAGUACAAGAUCACACGAUCAUUACAUCCUCCACUUCUUGACGAGCCUCGACGUGGUGUGGUGCUAGAUCCUUAUCACAUGCAAGAGCUUCAACAUGUUCCUCUUAAUUACUAUCACCAAGUGGCUACUAGGUCUCCAUACCAUCAACCUCAUAUGGAUAUUAUGCAUGAAAGAACUGCAGCUGAGGCAACUGUUAGGGAUCCACUUAUGGUAAGAGAUCACCGAGCACUGCCAGGAGAGCUUGCUGCACGGUCUGAACGCGUGGAUGAGCUGUACCGUUCCUACAAACUCUCUACACGCGCAAUGGACUUCAAUCCGGGAGCAUCCUACCAGACAACUUAUGAGCACCCGACUAGUGUUUAUGGUGAAGGCAUUCAGCGGCCAGUUUUGACAAGGGUCAAUGGCCCAAGUUUGCCUGUGUCCACCCGUUAUUCCUUUGCUGGCCCACGCGGAUAUUGA